AAAGAUUCGCAAUAGUUGAUCUUCAAGUGUUAGACCAAACACACGCAACAUGCUCCGCUGGUUGGAAAUAGGUGUUCUUUCGGCCAUAUUGUCUCUGGGACAAGGACACUUUUUAUCUGGAUCGUUCAACUUAACUCUCUACAGACACAUGCCUGCCCUGUACCAACUUGAUGACUACGAUCUCUGUCUGGAUAAUCAAGCUGGUACUUACUGUUUGGUGUACGUCGAGAUUUUACCCAAUGCUAGCUCUGCUCUAUGGCACCAAAUCGACCAAGUUUCACAGGACUCAAAACACCGUUUUCGCCAUGAUCGCGUUUUUAGGGGCGUGUGUCUGGAGAGCUGUAAGCAAAGAAUCAAUCACUUAUCCGAGUUCAGGGAGUACGAGAAAGAAGAAAUUCUGGAUAAGGAACUUAUAUCUUACUACGAUAAGGUACACCGUCGGGAUGCAAUGAAUUCAGAUAGGGAUCUCUUUAAUAAAGAGGUUGUGAAAGGCUGUCUAAACCAAAAGUUCAGUGAGAAGUUUUCACUUAGAACUCGGAGCCUUAUCGAGUACUGUGUCUCGGCCUCGGAUAAGGACUUGAAGAUGGAUUUGCUUGAUUUGGCGUUUUAUGGUAUUCUGGUAGUUAUACUCUUUAUAACUUUGUGUUCGUCUUUCCUUGACUAUCGCCUGAGCAAGAUGAACUCGCAAAAAUCAGAAAGUUUUUAUCGAGAGCCACUAAUGGAUCGACGACAGCGACUCCUUACAUCCUUCUCAGUGGUUCGAAAUUAUCAUCGAUUGGUUGAGCCGUAUAACUCAGAUUUCUCGCGGGAUGUGAGCUUUUUCGACGGGUUUCGGGUGAUCGGCGUAUUUGUAGUGAUCUUGGGCCACACGCUUAUGGUCUUUAUGACUGUUCCAAUAGAAAAUCCGGAGUUCUUCGAACAGUUCCUGUUCCGGUUCGAGACUUCAAUAUUUCAAAACGGCAGCCUGGUCAUCCAGAUAUUUUUUGUUAUGAGCGGCUUCCUUCUCUACGUGAAAUUCACCAAACGCCAACAGAUUCAACCCAAGACUGGCACGCUUGAGUGCAUUGCUGUGUACUUUCGAGUGUUUUCCUACAGAUACUUUAGACUUCUGCCAUCGCUUCUCGCUCUCAUCCUGUUCAAUGGAACACUGCUGGUGCGCCUUCAAAACGGACCCUUUUGGCGACAUCUUACGGAGGCCGAACGGGUCUUCUGUCGCGCCAACUGGUGGAAGAACGUGUUUUUCGUGACCAACCACAUGCUGGAAGACAGUUGCUCCCAUCAGACGUGGUACUUAGGAGCAGACAUGCAGCUAUUCGAGCUCUUCCUUAUAGUAAUUAUUAUAACCAAAAAGCAUCCCAAGCUGACAAGGACAAUCUACACAACUCUUUUAGCACUUGCCUUUGCAGUGCCUGCUGUACUGACCUACGUUCUCGAGCUGGAUGGUAUCUACCAUAUUCGUCCGGAAACAUAUCGCUACUUGUACUUCCGACAUUCCGACACAUUUUACCAAAUGUAUCCGCCCUUUUACACAAAUUUGGGUGGCUAUCUGUUUGGUUUUCUGUGCGGUCAUUUUUACCUUAGGCAGCGUUCUGGAAAUGUAGAACUUCUGGGUCAUCUUAAGUACGAUCUGGCCAUGUGGCUGCUUGUGCUGGCCACGUUGGGAGUCCUUUUCUCCGGCUACAUCUUUAUUCGACAGGACUUUGCGAAGCCAUCGCUAUGGCUAGCCUUGUAUGCGGGCAUCCACAAGAUCCUGUGGGUGCUAAUAUGCGCAGGAUUCGUGAUCCUCAUGUGCCGCAAGGUUGGAGGCAUUGCCUACGAUUUCUGCACAUUGCCGGCGUUUCGCCCUUUGGCAAGAAUCUCAUUUCAGUCGUUUCUCUGGCACAUUGUCGUCCUAAGAACAGUGGCGGGCAAUUUUAGACAACCGGUCUACGUCUCCAGCUUCUUUCUGCUGUGCAACGUAUUUAGCGUGUUCAUACUCACUCAAUUCGUGGCAGCGCUGGUGGCGGUGCUGCUAGAAUAUCCUUUUGUAGAGGUGCUACGAUGCCUGAUAAAGCCCGAGAAAGGUCCGGAAGAAGUCGGUCCCGAAAUUCAAAUGAGACCCGCGCAGUCAGCUGUUUAGGGCUACCAUAUUCCCCGUCAGGGAUGCAUGCGGCCACCGACAGACAAUGUUGCUAUGUUUUCGCGAUUUUCUUAGUUCC